CUGCAUUCUGGGAAAUGCAGGAGGUGUUGACUACAGGGAGGAAACUCCAAAGCAGGCGAAGUACUGGAUGUGCUGCCAGGAGGGCAGCAUUCCUCGGUGUAAACGGAAUUCAUGUUUUGGUAUUAAUGGCAUGCAAAGUGAGCAGGACAAGUGAGUUUUCUGACAAACAGACGGACACGAAGCGGAGCAGCGAUGGCUGUCGAAAACGUGAGUGUGGUCUUCAAGCUGUACUGCCUGACAGUGAUGACACUGGUGGCAGCUACAUACACUGUGGCUCUACGGUACACCAGGACCAUUUCAUCAGGGGACCUGUACUUCUCCACUACUGCAGUGUGCCUCACGGAGGUCAUUAAAUUAAUACUGAGUGUGGGGAUACUGGCAAAAGAAACAGGAAGUCUUCCCAGACUCAAGAACGCCAUACAGGAACAUGUCUUCUUAAGUCCCAAAGAGCUGCUGAAGCUGAGCGUGCCCUCAGUAGUGUAUGCAGUUCAGAAUAACAUGGCCUUUGUCGCUCUGAGUAACCUCGAUGCAGCUGUUUAUCAGGUGACCUAUCAGCUGAAGAUCCCGUGCACAGCCUUGUGUACAGUCCUCAUGCUGAACCGCUCUCUCGGCUGGCUGCAGUGGUUCUCCGUCUUCAUGCUCUGUGGAGGCGUCACACUGGUUCAGUGGAAGCCUGUAGAGGCCACUAAAGUUCAGAUUGAACAGAAUCCCUUUGUUGGGUUCGUCGCCAUCGCUAUUGCUGUGCUUUGCUCUGGAUUUGCAGGUGUGUACUUUGAGAAGGUGUUGAAGAGCUCGGACACAUCUCUGUGGGUGAGAAACAUUCAAAUGUACCUGUCUGGCAUUGUGGUCACCCUGAUUGGUGUUUACAUGACUGAUGGAGAGACGGUGCUGGAGAAAGGCUUCUUCUUCGGUUAUACACCCUGGGUGUGCUUUGUUGUAUUCUUGGCCAGUGUGGGUGGUCUGUACACAUCAGUGGUGGUGAAGUAUACCGACAAUAUUAUGAAGGGCUUCUCUGCUGCAGCUGCUAUUGUUCUUUCAACAGUGGCGUCUGUCAUCUUGUUUGGACUACAGAUAACGAUUACAUUUUCCUCUGGAGCCCUCCUCGUAUGCAUUUCAAUCUACCUGUAUGGACUUCCAAAGCAAGACACAUCCAAAGUGGGCCGCCAAGACACAGACAGGGAGUCCAAACAGAAACUGAUCACUGUGUGAGUGUCUGACUUGGCCAGAUCAGACGUGGAGUCCAGUUUUCUGACAAGCUAAGAGUACAUGCACUGUGUGAGCACUGGGGAGCAACUCCUGGUAUUUUACUGAAGAACAUGAAGUUGCUCAGUGUUCUGUUCAUCACGUGGGUCACAGCUUCUCUUUUUUUAAAGGCAGAAUGUCCUAAACUAUUGAGACACGGACACCAGUAGAGUGGGUACCUGGUCAACUCGUGUGUAUGCAAGGGUUAGGUCACCAUAAAUAAAUAAUAAAACACUGAUUGUACAUUCACUCAAUACACACAAGUUUGCAUACGCACGAGUUGACCAGUAUCUGUAGAGUAAGAGGGAUUUUGCAUCUGGCACAUGUCAACUAUUUAAAUAUUUGAUCUAAAUAUCAACAAUCUUUCUCCAGAGAUUCCACCUUUAAUGUAGGCCAGCUCCUCCCUCUACCCACAUAAGACUGGAGACAGCACUAUGAACUUCCAGAUGAUUUGAAUGCCAGAUUCAAACCGUCUUUCAGUUGAUAUGACAAACCAUUUUUUUUCAAGCUGGCUUUUAUAGCUAGUAACUUGUAAAGUCUGUAAAUAAUCUGAAGCAAUCAAAGGAGGCCUUGAAUUGAACUUGAGACAUGCUGGAGAAAUAAGCAGUGACAGGACUUUGAAGCCUCUGUUUAUCUGCCAUAGGGGGCAUAUAAUUACCACAACUCCUUAAUGUGGAGUUUUCCCCGAUCGGUAAACUUUUUUUGAAACUGAAGUGUCUUUGAUCAUAUAAUGCUAAAUCUGAAUGUGACCAACUCACAGGAGAAGACACUUGAAAGAAUGACAACUGCAUGUGGGAUUAUGUUUAUAAUGUCAUCUCCCCAGUGUCUUGUAUCUUUUGUAUCAGUUCCGUUUCAUUGUAUAAACAUUGUCUUUAUUAAAACUGAACAGAAAUAUGGUAAAAGGA